AUGCCAAUUGAACAGAUUGAAUCUAACCAGUAUUACAUCAAACUGGCUGAAAAUCUGUUUGCAAAAAUUGAGCGAGUUCAGGUUCGCGACUUUCCCGCUCAGAUCAAGGUCGAAGACCCUCGAGGACGAAGGCAAUUUUUUGAUGAGACCUCUUUUGCACAGUUCAUGAACGACAACAUGUUCUCCGUCAAAACCAAAAUCACCAAAUGUCAAUGGGAUGAUCUUGUCGCAGAGAGUAAGCGCGUCGACGAGGACAACUUUCAAACUGUCGAGAUCAUGGAAACAACGGAUGAUCACGUUGUUCCUGCGAGGGAAAGCAACAAAUAUGGGAGGAGAAUCGUGAAAGCCCGUCGACGCAGGACUCCCUUGAACCCCUUCUGGACGGCAGAGAAAGAGCUAAUGAGAGGUCUAUGA